AUGGAGGGGAUCGAAAUGUUUUCAAAGAAGAAGUCGGAGAAAGAUGCAAAGAAUGAGUUCAAGGUCAAACUGACUCCAUUGAAGGAAAUUUCAGGAUUGAAAGCACUAGCGAGCGCUGAAAGGCUGUCCAUGUACAAAGUCUCAAAGUUGUUUCAGAUCUUUCUAACCUCACCAGAGAUUGAAGAAAACAAGUUUUAUUUUAAAUCGGACACCAGAAUCUCGCAAGCGCAGAAUGAGGCAGAAGGUAAGAACAACUUCAAACUGCUUUCCGAAAAAAUAAAACCUCUACUGGAACUUCUCGGCGAGGAAGUCUGCAACGUGCGCCAGCUGCAAAUUUUGGUGGAAACAGUGAUGAGCCACAAGAACUUCAACGAUGCUCAUUACGCUGCCAUGCUCGGAUCGCCUGCUCUACUCGACAAACCAGAAAUUAAAAGCCUGGUCAACGAAGCGGACGCGGACUCUGGCUGCACGCCUCUGCACGCUGCCAUCAAAGUCGCCAAACUGGACAACGUGAAGGAGCUCCUAAAAAUUGGCGCCAAAUAUGACGCAGUUGACAACAAUGGCCGAACGAUAUUUCACUAUGCCGCUUCCUGCAAAGAUAAGAAAAUUUUUGAGGUUCUCAACUCCUCUCACGCCAGCGGACUGGCGGACAAGUUGAACAGCUCGGGAGAAACCGCCCUACAUGAAGCAUGCCUCGCCAACCUGCCAGACAACGUGGGGGCACUCCUCAAGUUGAACUUCAACCCUUUCCUGACAGGGCAAGACUCUGAUCGCUACCCCAUCCACUGUGCCCUCGAGUCCAACAGUCUCAGGUCAAUAGAACUGUUGUGUACAUCAUCAGCUGAUCAAUCGAGACUGAAGGAUAAGAAGAACAAUUCUCCUCUCCACCUUGCCCCAAGUACUCAGGCCAUCGAUAUCUUAUGUGAUUUUGAGGCAAAUUUAGAGGAUAAAGACUUCAAAGAGGAAGACACACCCCUCCUCAAAAAGAUACGAGAAAAUGCGUUUGAGUUAGCCGCCAGACUGUUGAUCAGAGGGGCCAAUGUCAAGGCCAGCGAUAAAAAUGGAAACAGUGCAUUAACCCUGGCCGUUACCGGAGACAGGCCCGAGUUCGUGAUGCUGUUGAUCGUGUUUGGGGCAGACGUUAAUGAGCUGGUUGGAAACGACUCCAUCCGUCACAAAGUCGCCAACACAAGUCUCAAAAAUAAAGACGCCAUCAUGUACUACUUGCACCAGGCCGGUGCGGGAAGGUGCGCGAGAAUGAAGAAAGAUUGUAGUAGCAUGUGCAGCCACAAAGGCAGCAACAACGGCAAGCCACCACAAUCUCAUCUGCCGCUGCUCAAAAAUGCCAGCGUUGAGGAAACUUUGAAAGCUCACCUAUCAAACGCUGAACUGAUGGUCCUUGAUUCAGCGAGGGAGAGGAAGAUGUCUGUGAUGGUGGAUGGUCAGCCCACAUCACCAACAUCACCCACAUCACCCGCAUUGCCAUCCUCGAGAAAGUCAUCGGAGUCUGUCAGCAACGACAAGGACACUGCCUCGGUUGGAAGCAAUGGAGAAGUGCAGACGCCACCUCCACUACUCAACGACCUACCCCACGGAGACAUCUCAUUGGCUGGUCACAGGGUGUUGAUAAUUGACGGAGGUGGAUUGGAAGGUCUGUUUGUUAUAAGAGCCCUGCAAGCUCUGGAGAACCUAACACAACAGUCACUCAAAAACUGCUUCGAUUGGAUCGCUGGGACGGGAGCAGGAGCGUACAUUGCUCUCUCACUGAUGCAAGACAAAAGUUUGAACGAGAUACUGGUUCAGUACUGGGAGCUGUUGAACAAGGUUCUGGUGGGUCGAAGGCCCUUUAAUGCCAGUCAUUUUGAAAAGUUGCUGAUGAAACAAUUUGGGGAGAAAACGAAACUCUUUGAAGUACAGGGUCCAAAAACGGUAAUAUUCAGCAGUAUGCUGGACAAAGGAAUAUUGAACCUUCACAAGUUUAAAAAUUAUGAACUGCCAGCCACGGAAAACUCUAAAAAUAAGAAAGCCUGCCCUUCCGUUAAUAAGCCAAAUGAACAAUUAGUAUGGCAAGCUGCCCGAUCCAGUGGUCUUGGGUUUGGAUUUUUUGACGCCUUUGGAUCAUUUGUGGAUGGAUGCGUGCUGGCCUACAAUCCAACGCUGGAUGUUCUCGAGGAGAUCACUGAAUUCAAUUUUGCCUCCGUUAAAGGAGAUAAAUUUAAACCGAUUCAUGUCGUCGCGUCAGUUGGCGUGAAACAACAGUCACAACAAAUUAAACAUCAACAACACGAACUAGAAGAUCAAGAGAUUAUCAACAAUGUUGACAGCGAUGCUUCAACCAAGAAGCUACUGACAGGAGAAGUUCUUGAUUUCUUGUUCAAUCAGCGUUUAUGGUCGUUCUUAACACAUUAUUCUCAAAAACAGCAAUUGAGUAUGAGAACGGUGGAGAAGUCGAGAGCCUGGUGCAACGACAUCAAGGUUCCCUUCUUUCGAAUCCAGCCUCCUUAUCCCGAACCAUUCACACACACCUCCACCAUGUCUCAGCCAUCCUGUUCCGAUGUUUCUAACGGCGCCAACUGCUGUUCCAAAGUGGACAUCAGGACAAUAGUGGCUGCACUUUGGGAGACUGACAUGUUCUUGAAGGGGAAGUCCAACAAUUUGGAACAAUUAACUGGAUUGAUUAUGUGA